AAAGAAAGAGAAUGGAACCGAGAGAUAAAAUAUUAAUCCUAAAAUACUUUCUAAGCAUCUUCAACGGAAUUUUCUUGGUUUUAGGUCUUAUGCUUAUGAUGUUCGGCAUGUGGCUUCUAAUUGACAGAAACAAUUUAUUCACUGUUUUAUCUUUCACAGGUGAAAACCACUUGGUAGCAUACAUUUCUUAUAUGUUGCUUGGCAUUGGAUCCAUCAUUGUUUUUAUUUCAUUCUUGGGAUUCCUAGGAAGCUUUGAAGAAAUCAGAUGGUUACUAAUUCUGUAUCUGGGACUCAUAGUCUUGCUGUUUGGUAUCCAAGUUGCAAUGCCAGUGCUAAUAUAUAUAAGAAAAGAAGAGGUCCAGAUUAUGUGGAAUGACAGAAUUGAUGCAGUUAUUUCUAACUAUGGGAACAAAAAUCUGACUGGAAGAGAACAUGAGUGGGAUAUUCUGAAUGCUGUGCAGCAUACUCUGGAAUGCUGUGGAAGACACAAUUCUACAGACUGGAAAAAGAAUGAAAAUAAACAAUACACAAAUCAGGUCCCAUGUUCAUGUACAAAAUCUAAUAGGAAGGAAUGGUUUUGUGAUGCCACCGCGAAUGAAGUGUACACUAAGGGAUGUGACGAGUAUAUUAAAAUGUGGUUUGAAAACAACGCUUUGGUCUUAAUUUCAAUUAAUAUUGCACUGCUAAUUGUAGAGGUCCUCCUGUUCACACUAGCUGUAUUGCUGUUCAAAAACACCAAGAAGAAUAAAAUUUCACUAAAGGAAUAAAGAAAGAUUUUUGGUGUUGUUAUAUUGCAUCAAUUAUCUAAUAAUUCUUUAAUCCAGAGGUUCCCAAACUUUUCUUAUUGUGUGCCCCCUUCCAGAUCUACCAGGUGCCCAUGUACCCCUACCCUUCUCAUCACUGAUACUUUGUGUGUUCUUCUUAACACUACCAGUCUUUAGCCAUCUGUCCAUAUUCACUGUUAUGUACAGAUAUAGUUAUAGUGUGACAUAUACAACCAAAAAAAUCCCCCUAAAUUCUGAGCUAAGUUAGACUGGACAGUUGCUGAGCAACUGAGCCUGCACUGUACAGUGAUUGGAGUUGAGGACAGGGCUGGAUUUACACCUUACACACUCCUAGGCACAGCAUCUUCAGCGCCCCCCCUCCCCUGACUAUAGCUGACCUUUGUGUUGCACACAAUUUCAGAGAGGUAAGGCGCCCCUAGAAUGCUAGCACUCCUAGGUACGUGCCUACUAUGUCUGGCCCUAGGUGAGGCCUCUGUACAUCUGUGUCUUUGUGUAUCUGUGUUCUCACUGAUACAUCUUGAAGUAAAUUAACUACCAUAUUUUAUAGAACAAAUUCCCAGAGAGUUUUAAAGAUUUAUCUGCAUAGCCUAUUAUGAAAAUAUAAUAAAUAAAAUCCACCAUUACACAAUUUUUCCUGUGUACCUCCCAGAGAUGUCUUGAAUACCCCCAGGAGUACGCAUGCCAGCGUUUGGGAACCUCUGCUUUAAUCUGACCCUUCAAGUCAAAGGAAAGACUCCCAUUAAAAUCAAUGAUGUUUGGCUCAGGCUCUAAAAUAUCACAAUUACUCUGAAAGAUUGUAAUUUAUGUGUUGAUACAGAAAAUAUCCCAAUGUAUAUAGCUUCCUGCUGUGUACUGCAUAACAUAUGUGAAUUUAUGUCUUGAUACAUUUGUGUAUUGUUUGUAGUCUUGGUUAUGAUAUUUAUACUACAAAGAUAUACAGACUAAAGUAUUGAGCACUUUCCCAUUAAAUAGCUGGAUAAUAAAACAUUCUGUGAAACUGAGUACUAGUUUUCUGAGUCUCCAAAACAACUUGCUCUGUGAGUUAUGUUAUAUAUGUUGCUGUACCUCCAAAUAACUCUAAAACAGAAAGAUAUGUGGGCAUUAUCACUGGGGUUACUGACCCCAUUUAAGAAGAGUCUGGGCCC